ACGGUUCGUCACACCGAGUUGCGCAAUGGAAACGAACGCUUCGGAGGGGCGACCGACCAGGGGUUCGAUGGUCAAAGCCUUUCCUCCCGCCGCGGCUUGCCGAUUAGCAUUGCGGGCAUCUCGUCGCCAUCGUCGAUGAUGCUCACGAUACACUCUGUCCCCGCGAAGCUACGCUCGGGCGACAUGAGGGCAGCGUCAAUUUUGGCAUACAACGUCCCGGGGAUCCGGCAGACGGAGGGCACUGAACUGAAUGGCCUGUAGGGUGCGCAGCAGUCGCCGCAGACAGUAAUUGGCAUGACAGCAAUGUGGAUUAACUGCGCAAAUGCGGCCCGCCCACGUUCAGGUCGACCCAGUGGAGAGGGGACGAUUCGCACUAGGUUGGCCGACGUUCCGCCAUCCUGUGUUGCCCGCAUGAUGCAGCAGUAGUGUGGCAUCGAACCGAUGUAAGGCGCGAACGGUAGCGGUACAAACGGCAUCGGCAUCGGCAACGGAUGGAACAAGU